AUGGAUUAUUAUACGAGCUCUAACAUUCAGGACCGUACACUAGAAUUUCAACAAUGUGUGGGUACAUUCGCCAAACAAAAAGGAUUGUCUGGAGGAAGAGGAGUCAACAAAUAUCUACCAGUGGUUCAACCAGAGAAUGAAAAGAAGAAGGGGCUCAGUAGGAGCGAAUUCAGCAGAAAUGCUUCUGUGAUUGCGAAAGAUAUUGCACGAGUGACUGGAUCAUUAGCGAAAUUGGCACAAUUGGCUAGACGAAAGCAGCUAUUCAAUGAUAGACCGACGGAUAUCAUCGAGUUAACCUACAUUAUCAAACAAGAUAUAUUCAGGAUUGAGAAGUCAUUGAAAUCACUACAACAACAAGCUAAAACGAGCAAGAGCUCUUCUGACAACCAAGUUGCUCUAUACAAUAAGAACGUUGUCCAGCUUCUCAAUACAAAGACAAAAAACAUCAGUGAAACGUUCAAAGAAGUGUUGCAAGUGCGGCAACGUAAUGAGUUGGCCCAAAGAUCACGGCAGGAGCAGUUAUUAGCCGCUGUUAAGCCAGAUUCUGACGGUCUUUCUAGUGGAAGAGCCAGUGGACGUCCCAGUAUGGAUUCCUCUUCUAUGCAUGCAGGAGAUAGUUUAGGCAGUGCAUCUAAUAGUAUACCGUAUGCUUUGAGAAGUAGGCGAUUGGCUGGAAAGGAUAAUGCCGGUACUUCAGGAUCACCUGGUAACUCUGAAAAUCCGUUUUUAACAUCUCUAGCUACAGGAAAUAGAGAUGACUCCGACCCAGCUGUUUCCAGCAUUUCGCAGCUUGAGAAAAAUGACUACGGUAACGAUGAUCUUCUUGCAUUACCUAACCAAUCUCAGCAAAUGAUGCUCUUGGAGGAACAGGAUAGCAGAUAUUUACAGGAGAGAAAUCACGCGGUAGAGACUAUAGAGUCUACCAUUAAUGAGGUAGGUGGAUUAUUCCAGCAGUUGGCUACAAUGGUGCAGGAACAAGGUGAAGUUAUCCAACGUAUCGAUAAUAACGUUGAAGACGUUAGUUUGAACAUUGGAGGUGCUCACAGACAGUUACUCAAAUAUUACAACAACAUCAGCAGCAAUAGAUGGUUGAUGAUCAAGGUUUUUGGUAUUCUCAUCGUUUUCUUCUUACUGUGGGUCCUAGUCAGUUAA